AUGGCUUCCUUCGACGAUGAAACCGCCAACAAGUUGCUUUCCCAGGUGGAGUUCUACUUCAGUGACAGUAAUCUACCCAUAGACGAAUUCCUCAGCAGGGAAGUCACUAAGAGCAAAGAUGGCCUGGUUAGUCUACCUCUGGUUUGUUCCUUCUCUCGUAUGCGUAACCUCCUCGGCCUCCGUAACACCAAACGCGAAGAUAUCCCUCUCAACUUACUGGAGGGAGUCGCCAAUCUUUUACGCACUUCCAAUUUUCUUAAAGUUUCCGAUAAUGGACAAAGGAUUGGUAGAGGAACAAAACUCUCCAAGCCCGAAGAGGUGCUUGAACAAGUCCACAGAAGAACCAUUGCCGCAUCGCCUUUCGAGUACUCCACAAAGAUGGAAGAUGUCGCAUCUUUCUUCUCCCAAUAUGCCAAGGUUAAUAGUGUAAGGCUACCUCACCACAUCGGAGACAAGCGACUCUUUUGUGGCACUGCUUUGGUUGAAUUCUCGUCCGAACAAGACACUGAACAUGUUUUGAGGCAGAAGAUCGUCUAUGCCGGUGCUGAUUUAGUAUUAAUACCAAAGAGUGAUUUUGACUGUCAAAGACAGAUUAUGAUCAAGGAACUCGGAAAAUCAGGGCCAAGUCUUAAAGAUACCUCCCACAACAAAUUCCGCAAGGGCCAGCUUGUCAAAUUUACACUGAAAAGGAUAGCCAGUGGACAAAAAGUCGUAGACAAAGGAAAACCCAAAAACCUAGAAAACAAAAUCAUGAGGGAGGAAGAUAAGGCAGACACGACUGAGAAAUUGGAAGGAGAGGANGAUAAAAGGGAGGAAAGCGGAGAGAAGGCUGAUCAACUUGUGGUUCCCCCGUGGGAUAACAUUGGCUCUGAGGCUCUCAAGGAUGCUUUUCAAAGAUUUGGCAGCAUUAAGCACAUAGAACACUCUGGGGGAUUGGAUCCAGGUUACGUUUGUUUCAUAGAUUCAGACACAGCAAUGAAAGCCCGUGCGGCGGUGGAGUUUGCUGGGGGAUUAGUUGUGAAGAAUAAAUUCUCAAUUGCCUUGGAAGCAGUGAAUGGGGAGAUGGAGAGAGAGGUGUGGAAAAGACUGUCAUCAGCUGAGGCGGAAGGAGGGAAAGAAGAAGAUAACAAGAAGGAAAGCAAAAGCGAAGGCGAAACCACGCAACAACCGCCCAAGAAGACUCGAAAGAAGCGCUAG